AUGCAUCUUCAUUCUCGCCUGUUUUUCUACAAGGUUCUGUGUUUGAAGUAUAGGUUUGAAGCUCAUAUGGAAAUUCAUGUGGGAUCUAUCGAUGAGGAAGAUGAUGAGCAAGGAGUUGCUCAUAUGAUUGAACAUGUUGCCUUCCUUGGAAGUAAGAAGCGUGAGAAACUUCUGGGGACUGGGGCAAGAUCUAAUGCCUACACAGAUUUUCAUCAUACUGUAUUUCAUAUCCAUUCACCCACAAGUACGCAGGACUCUGGAGGAGAUUUGCUGCCAGUUGUUCUGGAUGCUCUGAAUGAGAUUGCUUUUCACCCCAAAUUUUUGGCUUCUCGGGUUGAGAAAGAGAGACGGGCAAUUUUGUCAGAACUACAAAUGAUGAAUACGAUAGAGUACCGUGUUGAUUGCCAGUUGUUGCAGCACUUGCACUCUGAGAACAAGUUGAGUAAAAGGUUUCCGAUAGGAUUAGAGGAGCAGAUUAAGAAAUGGGAUGCUGAUAAAAUCAGGAAAUUCCAUGAGCGCUGGUACUUCCAGGAAAUGCUACACUAUACAUUGUUGGGGAUAUUGAUGACAUUGCUGAUACGGUUAACCACAUCGAAGCAGUUUUUGGGCAGACUGGCACACAAACUGAGGCAUCUGUUGCACCUACAACUAGUGCUUUUGGUGCAAUGGCCUGUUUUCUCGUUCCUAAGUUAUGCAAAGCCUCCUCAGAUAUUUCAGCAUGAGUUGCUUCAGCAUUUCUCGAUUAAUAUGUUCUGCAAGAUACCUGUUAACAAGGUCCGUACUUACAGAGAUUUGCGGAUGGUGCUGAUGAAGAGGAUAUUUCUUUCUGCUUUGCAUUUCCGCAUUAAUACAAGAUAUCAGAGUUCAAACCCCCCAUUUACCUCAGUGGAACUGGACCACAGUGAUUCAGCAAGAGAGGGGUGUACUGUUACCUCUCUUACAGUGACUGCAGAACCUCAAAACUGGGAAAAUGCAAUUAAAGUUGCUGUGCAGGAGAUUUGGUCGUAUCCUUACGAGCAGCAGUGGGAGUCCAGGCCUGUUGAGCAGUCAUGUGAGUCCCUUGAGGAUUCCUCAGAAUAUAACGCCAAGCUCGACCAGGUCCUCACUCUUUUGGCAUCCCAAGUAGCCCGUAAGAGCAAUCUUGAGUCCAGGAUCGAGAACCUAGUGGAGCGCGUGCAAGCCUUAGAGGACCGAGUUACCAAUGGCAAUUGA